GAGUAUUGGCCAGAAGAAGGCACCAAAUUCAUCUGUGGCCGGCGAGUGUAAUGUGCUGGUUUUCCCCGACCUCGAUGCAGGCAACAUCGCCUACAAGCUGGUGGAGCGUCUCGGAGGUGCACAGGCAGUUGGACCGUUGGUGCAGGGACUUCGCGCACCGUACAUGGACCUUUCACGCGGAUGCUCUGUGGAGGACAUUGUGAACGUGGCAUGUGCGGCAGCAUUGCUUGCAGAGUGA